AUAUCAAAAAUGGAUAACUCAAAAGUAACUACUCCUGUUGAGGUAGUUCAGAAGAAUAACCCUUUAAUUAAAGGUGUUGCAAAGAUGUCACAGAAAUGGUGUAAGCGUUGGCCGGAAAUUGAGCAACCAUGGCCAGUGAUAGGAACCUUUAAUCCAGAAGUAAUAAAAACAAUACAGGUGCUUGUGACCACAUAUAAGGCAGACGAAAAGAAAGGAAGAAAAGGUGAAAGACGUAAACAGAAGAGACAAACGGAGCUUGGCAUUCUCCAGUUGUUUGAGAAGGAGGGACAGAAAUGGAUGGAGAUGAAGAAAGACUGUGAAGAGAAGACGGUAGAUGAAAUGAAAAAGAAUGUGAAGAAAACAGAGAAGUUAAUGGCAGAGAUUGAUGCACCCUUUUCACAUGUAGUUCCAGUACAGAGACCUCCGCCGUAUAAGAAGGAGAUGGAGCUCAGGGAAGUUUAUCCUCAGCUUCCGGUAAUUAGUCAAGAGGGCAAUUACCACAUUAAGAAUGAGGCUGAGCAGGUUAUAGAAGUGGGGAAGCAGAGACAACUAUUAGGAUGUAUCCAAGUACAAAAAGUAAAAAGAAAACGACACGUUUGGAGACCGGAGGACGAUUGAGAAUUAAAAGGAUGGAUUUUGGAGAAGUGGAGGAUCAGAGUGAUGAAGAAGAAGCAAUCGGAGGAUAUGAUCCAGCAGUAAGACGACUACUGGCCAGAGCGGAAAGAAGAGGAGGUACAACAGGAAGAAGAAUGGAACUGAGAGAUGAAAGUGAAGGUGAAGGUGAAAGUGGAAGUGAAAAUGAGAUUGAAAAUGAGGACAGUGAUGAAGAAAGUGAGAGUCCUACUCUUUUGAAGUCUGCUAAGAUAAAAACUGCUUAUAGAGAAGAAGAAAGACGACAGAUUUUAAGAGAAGUUGAAGAGAAUAUAGAUCGAUGCUGUAGAUGUCUGGACAAAUGCAUUACACCAAAAGGAAGGAAGGCAUUAGAAGACCAAUUACAAGAACUGCAGAUUCAGAAGAAAGAGUUGCGGAAAACAGGUUCCCAAAAACUGGACAAGGAAUAUGAACUGCGUUCAAGGAAAGAGAAGAAGCCUGGUAAGAUGUGUCCAGUUGUCAUAAGAGGUCAGAAUUUGGAGUAUAAACCUUGGCAGAGUACUGACAUGUCAGAUAUACUUGAGAAGUUACCUACUCUUCAAGAUGGAGCACACCCUUGGAUCUCAAAGUUGGAAGAGAUCAUGGUGGGGACGCAAGCUGCAGUAGGAGACAUUAAGAGAUUGCUGGCUAAUAUACUUGGGGUUCCAGUCAUGGGGGAGAUUUUGCAGAGAGCUGGAUUAAACCGUUAUGUGGAAACUGCUGUAAAUGAUUCAGAGCUGUUUGCAGCAAAUAGAGGUCGAGUAUGGAGAGCAUUGAAAGAUACAUUUCCGACAAAUAUAUACCCCGACAAUAUUCUCAUUGAGCCACUGGGACAGGAAGAAAAUCCGAGAGCCUAUGUGUCAAGAGCCUAUCAGGUGUGGAGAAAUGUCACAGGAAACGAUCCAGAGGAGAGCCAAAUGGAGCAAUCAAUUUUGCGAGCCAAGAUAAAGAAGGGGCUACCUCUACCAGUGCGGAGCAAAUUGGCAGAAGUGGUUGGUCUUGGAAAUAUGGCGAAGGGUGUAUAUACAGACCAUGUAGCACAUCAAGUGGACCUGUAUAGAAAGAAGGAGUAUGAUCAGAAGGAACAAGAUCAAGAAACUCUUCGGAAACUCAAUCAAAUACAAUUGGUGGAUAACAAGAAGAAGGACUUCUGAGAGCAGAUGUGCUGAAGAUAACUCAAAAUCCUAUAAGCAAUACGCCAUUGUUGCCUUUACAGAAACCAGAUGAUUCCUAUCGCUU